AUGCGCGAGCAGGCCGAGAAGAGUCUGAAUACGUGUGAGGCCGCAUCUUCCAGAUCCGUCACGAGCACCAAGGACUGCAAGAAUACACUGGACGAGGCCCGCAACACUCUGGUCAUCACGCCUGAGUACGCGGCUCGUCUCGAGGCCAACAUGAAGGUCCGUGGCGCCGAGUUGCAUGCUGUCAAGGACAGCAAAACAGCGAAUCGCCCUGUACGAAGAGGAUCGAGAGGCCAGCUGCGACAUUCGAUCGAGCUCGAGGAAGAUGAAGACCAUCCCAAGAAGAAUCGAACUCCUCUUCCGUACUAUUGCGCAGCUCUGGAAAAGCGAUGGGAAGCAUUCGAGACGCAAUCAACUAGCCACACAGUGGGCAUGAACCUGCUGGAGAAGCUCGCGUCGAUGCGUGCGGAUGAAGAGAUGGAGGAGCCCGUCGCGAAGGAUGUCGUGAUGCAUUUAGUGGAGAGUGGACAUCUCUUGCUGCAUCAGCGAUUCCGAGCUGCGUUUGUGGAGCGAUGGGUAGCGGCAGAGGUGAUUGGAUUGUCUGACGGCGACGAGAACGGGAUCAUCAGUGGGCGUUUACGUGCUCUUCAGUCGUGCAUGGAUCUGGUUCAUUUGCUCAGCUACAAGCGCGAGUUCGUGUUUGAUCAAGACGACUACUCAGUGACCAAGAUGUACAUCGAGCACACUGUACUCAGCAUGGACGCCGGUACAGGAGCUGACGUUCGUGGUAUCAAGCAGCAGGUGGCUGCGAAUUUUGAGCCACUGCGUCUUGAAGUGGCGAGUGAAUUUUAUAAAACUACCAGCAGGAGCCAUGCACGUGCCUUCCCUGCGGACCCCAGCGCAGCAAACGAGAGCGACAUACCUGUCAAAGAAGGCUUCUCCGAGUACUUUUACCACCCGGUAAGAGCUGCAGCGCAAGCGGCUGGGUGGACGAAUAGUGCAAGCAAUGACCCUCUCUCCAUCGUGGUGCUUGAGGUAAAAUGCGACAAUCGAGGCGUGCUGCUGACUGCGGUACGUGUGAGUUUGCACGACUUGGAGCAGCAAGAUCUGCGUUUCCAGAAUCGUUUGGCUGCCAAGACUGGGAAGAAGACGACUGGAGUAUCUGGAGCAAGAGUGCAGAGUGUAGCGUCGUGGCUACGUGCUCAACUGCAGACCCAAACUCUCAUUUACGGGUUCACCAUCCGCUACUUCCAGCGACAUCUUCUGCAGUGGCUUGACGCGUCGCACGACUUCCACGACGCAGAGAAUGGACACGGUCACAGUGUAGGCAAGCAUCAAAGUGAGGAUGACGCGCUUGUCGUGACCCCACCGCUGCCUUGGAAGAAAGCGGCCACGUUCCAGAACAUCGUCAAGGGGCUUCAAUGCUUCUUGCAAGCCUUUCCGGAUCCGCCUAUGGAACCCAAGAAGUUCAGUACACCAGCCCCAACGUCGUCACCGUGCAGAUCUUACUCCGAUACAUCGCAUGUCAUGGCUCACGCUACCAAGUGUUAG